UCUAGUCAGUCAGUCAAGUACACAUUACAAAAAUACAAGUACAAGUACAUACAAAGCAAGGAAAGGAAGGGGUAACUGUAAAGUAGAUUUUUUAGAGAACAUUUAUUUAAUGGCCAUUGAGCAAUAUCUGUGUAAUGUGUGUAUGGCUUUGUAAUAUUGCCUAAGUUAAUCAGUCGAGGCUAGGCCUAAAUUGCAACUGUGAAAUUCUGUGAUUAAAAGUUUCUGGUGACGUGGAUACACUAUCUUGGUUUGCGUGUUUCUUUUCUUCUCUCAAAAAUGCCCAACAAAAAUAGAAUGAAAAAGACAUCAUAUUAUGGUCAUGAACAUGAUGAUAGAGUGCCCCAUCCUUCUGAGAUUACAAGAAGAGUAUCUUUCAAGAACUAUGGACCUAACAAAGGACCAAACAGUAACAAGCAUCGCUCUCAUCGGCAGAGGAAUAAGUUUGAGAAGAUGCAAGAAGCUUUGGCUAUUGGCGAUGAAGAUGUUGACAUGAUGAUCAGUUCCUCUUUUCAAAACAGAGGCCAGAAUAGAUACAAUGGAAGCCACCAGAUUAGAGGGCUGAGGUGGAGAGGAAGAGUAAAUAUGAGGAGAGAGCCAAACCAAUUAAGAAAACUUGGGGAAAGUCCAUACCACUUUUACAGAAUAACUGUUCCAGAAGGCCACAAAUAUGAGAAAGAAUACAUCUUGGCUCUCCUUCAGAGCUAUGUCAAACCGCUCACCUUCACUGCGCUUGGGUACAAGAAACAAAAUGACAGCAUCUGCUUCUUCAUUGACGAUCAUAAAGCGGCUGAACAGAUUAUGCAAGCUGACAAAAAAAUUACAACAUCAGAUGAUUGGAGGCUGGCGCUACUAGUGAGACCUGUAAUCCCCAGUAUAGAUGUUGAUAAUGGAAUGAAAGCUCUCAUGAAACUAGCCAUGUCCAACAGAUACAAUAUGACAACCAAAGCCUUGGACUUGUCUGGUUUCCACAAUGACCCAGUCAUAGUGAAGGAGAAUGCUUUCUGCCCCCUGAAUCGCACCAAUGUGAUGCAAGCUGCCAUUCAAAUCAUUGGAGAGAGUAUUCCUGAUCUGGUGGCUCUGAAAGUCUCAGACAACAAACUAGUGACUGUAGACGGACUCAAGAAGCUGAAAGACAGCACACCUAACCUCAAAGUUCUACAUAUAGGCAAUAACAAAAUCCGUUUUCUUAAUCAUUUUGACAUUAUGCAAGGAUUGCCAGUUGAAGAAAUUGAACUUGAUGGAAACCCACUUUGUGAUAAAUUCAAAGACAAAGACAAUUAUAUCAGGGAAGUGCAGAAGAGAUUUCCCAAAGUGAUAAAACUGGAUGGGGCUGAUGUACCAAAGGCAAUCACAUUCAAUGUGGAAGAGGAGAUCGCACUGCCCAAGUCCCAAGGCAGCUUCCUGUGCGCGCCUGCGGCUGCUGAUGUUAUCAAGCCAUUCCUGCAGCAGUACUACCAACUGUACGACAGUGAGACUCGCGCCCCUCUCAUGGACGCCUACCACGAGAACGCACAGUUCAGUUUGUCUUGCUCCGUCUUCAAUGGCCAGAACAGCAGCAUGGCGCCGUACGUAGAGGACAGCAGAAACUUGAUGGUUGUACAGAACAAUGAGAAACGCAAACGUUUGUUGAGGCGAGGCAAGGCCAACAUCAUAGCUUACCUGACAACUCUGCCUAGAACUGAACACGACCCCACGUCUUUGGUGGUUGACUGCUCCAUAUUUACUCCAACAAUCAUGAUGAUGUCUGUGAGUGGCGUGUUCAGAGAAGUGGAACAGAAGAAGCCACUGAGAUCGUUUCAGCGUUCCUUCGUCAUUGUUCCUGUUGGUGCAGGAUUCUGUAUCAUCAACGAGGUACUACACGUCAGUCCAGCCACUUCUGACCAAGUUAAGAUGGCAUUCAAGCCCCCACAGCCUGUGGUCCCCGCAGUGCCGGUAGCUGUGCCCCCCGUAGCAGUGGCGGGGCCCUCCACACCUGCAGUACUGGAUAUUGCUACUAAACAACAGAUGGUGUCCACCCUCGCCCUGCAGUCUGGAAUGAACCUUUCGUUUUCAGAAAAGUGCUUGAGUGAAAACAACUGGGACUUUGACCGAGCGGUUUUCAUCUUCAGCGAACUCCAAAAACAAGGAAAAAUCCCGCCCGAGGCGUUCAUCAAAUGAACUGCGAACUUACCACUGUAAUAUUGUGGAAAUGUUAGUAAAUUCAUUUGGGUACAGUCAGUGUAAAUGAUUAUUAUUUUAGCGUAACCUAGAGGUAGAAUCAGUUAGUUGUAAAUAUUGUAUAGCCUUAGCUUUGUAUACAAGUUCUAUUAUAAAGCUCUUACUGCCAUCCAAUAGUUUUUUAUUUGUCACUGUUUAGUUUGCCUCACUAAAAUUUUGAAGCUAAGGGCCUUUAUCUUGAAUAUUUUAUCAAAUAAAUAUUUUGUUGUAUUUGCACUGUUAAAAUCUUCAACAAACAUUCCCUGUUGGUACUAUGUUUUAUGUUUGAAAUUGUCAGAAUAUACAAACUCUAGUUUUUACCAGCAAGGGCUAAAUAAGUAGUCUUAGGUCUAAAUUUUAUCAUCAUCAACACCGACUUGUCGAAUAAUAGUUGACAACUAAUAUCAAUCACCUAGUUUUUACACCUCUAUGAUUUACAAUUUUAUAUUUGGUACCUACCUAAAUAUAAUUAAUUUAUACUCAUAUUUGUCUCAUUUUUCUUGAAGGGUUGCUGAUAUCUUUUGAAAAUUACACAUCUGUAAAAAGCUUAAGAAGUUUUAAGUGUUAAUAUUAAGAUUGCAGGAUGAUGAAAAAGAAUUGUUAAAGUUUCUAUUAAAGAAAGUCUUAAUUUAAAUAGUAUGUGAAAAGUCUGUGAAUGGUUCAAGCCUACAUCUAUAGUUAGUUAAGGAAAUGCAUUUAAAAAUUAACUAAAGUAUUUGAAUUAAGAUUUAAGUAACAUUGAGAAAACACAAUUUUAUGAAGCAACCUUUUGUCUGAAGAUAUUGUUUUAUCACCACAACCACACCAAACUCUCUAUACUUAAGGUAGGACCUGAUAUGAAUCUGAUUGAGAUGAUAAAACUGUCACCAAGAUUUGAACUAUUCAAUAAUCUUAUGUUAUGAAAGAUUAAAAAAAAAUUGUUUUUACACAAACAUGCUUUUCCAGCUUAGUGUAAUAGUGUACCCUUGGACCAUUUCAGACUUUUCAUUAUACUAAUUGUAUCUGUACUUUUAUAAGAUGUUUACAAAAUAAAAAAGUCAAUGCAUUUUUUCUAAACUCUUUGUUUCUUUUUGUAAAACAUUAUUGUAUUUUUUUAAUGUGAACCUUUAUUAUACAGUUGUAGAUUAUCUUAUUAUCUAUUAUCUUAGGUGUAUAUGUUUAGUAAUUAUUUUAGUUGCUAAGUAGAAGUUAAAAUAAAAUAACAAACAAAUAGUAAUAAUUUACAUGUUAAAUGUGAUACAGGGAUUUUUGCCCAAAAGUAAAGCAAGUUUCAUCAAUGUCUUGUUAAAAUCCGAAUUAAACUAUCCAAAAAGUCCAAAAAUCCAAAAAGUUUAGUUUGCAGGAAAUGAAAACAUUUUUAUGUUAUUUUUUCAUAUUUUAUUACUUCAUAUGGUUAUUUUAACAUAUUGUUGAUGAAGCUUUCUCAAUAGGUAUAAAAAUAUUUCAUGGCAAUAACAAUUUUGAAAAUAUUAUAUUGUUUUGCAAGUUUAACAGCACCUACCAAUUGUCGGAUUAUUAGAAUUAGGUUCUGGUUUUAUAUAUUUGUUACUUAUAGUUGUAAAAUCAAAUUAAUUUUUCCUACAGUCAGAUAAAGUAAAGUUGGCUUCAUUGCACAAAAUGUAGUACAGAAAGCUUUACUUUGGCGCAAACCAGUAUUCCAACCAAACAACACAAAACAGUGUGCUUUUAUUAUGCAUGUAAUCCAAGUACGCUUGAAAUAAGUUGGCAACACUUAAAGAUAUUACGACUCUGGUGCAGCGUUUCCCAUUUCGUUCAAUGUUUGGAUUUAUAGUAACUGUAGGAAAAAUAUAAUGUGUAACACGAGUGCAAAUUGCCUUUGCUACACUUGAGAAACGUUCCACACUCGCCUACGGUUCGUGCGUAAACAUUUCUCUCGUGUGCAGCAAAGUGCCACUUUGCCCACUAGUUACACAAAUAAAUAUAUCUUUUAACUCUUUUUGGAUUAAGUUCUUAAGCCAUCUUUGUCUUUCCAAAUCACAACUAAAUUAAAAAUUUCAGUGUGUUUCUAAUUAUAACUUGUUUCUACUAUCAGUGAGUUGUACUUGCAUUUAUUGGCUAUAUGGAAAAAGUAUUUUUCCACUGAGAGUUAAACAUCAUUGUGCUUUAUAGUCUGCUAGUUAGGAAUACUGUAAGCUAAACGCUAAUUAUUGAACUAUUUUAAAAAUUACAACUUUGAUGAUCAAUGCCAAAUUUGGAAUUAUAUUGAAGCAUGCUUCAUUGUUUACAUUGUGAAUUAAAUAAGUAUUGAUUCUUGUUAAUAACCAAAAGUUCUUUGUAUUUUUUAUCUAAUUUUCGUUAUUGUCAUUAUACUCCUAUUAAAAAAAUUAUAUUUCUAUUUAUUAAUCUUUUUUUUAUAUAUUUUGUAAUUCUUUGGUAGCUUAGCGUUCAAAAUGAUAAAGGUAAACAUUGCUUGGAUUUUGUAUAUUGGAUUAUUUUAGUCAGUUAAAUAUUUAAUUUGAACAUCUGAGGCAAUGUUCGAAGUACUGUACAUGCACAUAUCCAACAAGACUGUUUGGAGUUUAACUUGGGGUAUGUCAAAGAGUUAAACUCUCACAGAGUUUGAAAUACUUCUGAAGUGGAUAUCUGCGAAGAAACGAGACUUUUAACUCAUUGGCCUAGACAUUCCUGUAUAUACAUGGAAGAAUCACUUCUAUGAAAGAACAGGCUUAUGAUUACUGGAAGUUAGGAAGGAUAUGUGAACUUUCCAUGAGGGCAUUGAACUCAUGGAGAAUAUCUUCGAAGAACUUCUGAUGGAUUGACAGGGUUUGAAGAAAAGCGUCAGCUUUUCAAGGAACUUUGGAGGUUUUUGGGAACAUAUUUACUCAACUUUGAGAAAUAGGAUUUGAGGUUUUCUAUAGCUUCUAACUGAUUUUAAAAUAUACAAAACCCAGCAAUGUUUUUCUUUCGCUACCUAAAGUAGUGGAAUAUUAUUUGGUUAUUCUAUUACAUUUUGAACAUAUCAUGUUUCUGUAUUUUUUUACAUAUAGUUUAUUACAUUAUUUGUUUCCAUAUAAGAUUUAUAUUGCUCAUAAAUUCAUGUUUUCAAAUUCUCUGCACCUUAAAUUGUCACUUUUUCAUUUAAAGAAUUUAAAUUCAAACAUUUAUUAGAUAUCAUGUUUUUCUAUAUUCAUAUUUGAUAUGAAAAUCCAUUUUUUAUUGUUAAAUUAUUGAAAAUAGUUAAAAAAACAAAGAUUGUUAAACCUUUUUCACUCUUCUAAAAUAUGGCCAGGAAAUCAUAAUCUAUGUAAGGAUUAGGUCAUUGUAUGCUGCCCAGGUGAACCUAAAAUCAAUUAUGUCAAUUUUCUGACUAUGCGAAUGGAUAUAUAAACAUAGAAUCAGCAUGGACUAUUAUAAUUUUUAAAAUUUGGUUUAAUAUUACUAAUUUUGUUUCUCAAAGUCAAACUUUAAAAACUAAGGAAAUUGUUGAAAAGAUGACCUGGGCAACAUUCAACAUAUUUAAAUUCUGUGUGUGAUGUUUCUUAAAAGAUGUGAUUAAUAUCAAACUGUUAUAUGGUUGUCGUAACUUUCAUGCUUUAAAAAAAUUAAUCUAAAAAAGCUUUCAUCUGUAAUUUUGUUAUGAUUAACGAUUGUAUGUGACGAUCUAACAAUAAAAGUUAAAAGUACAUAGACAAGUUUAACUAUAAGUACUUGGUACAGUAAACCUUCAUUACGGUAUACCAGGUUUAUUUGGUAUGCAAGUGCUUUGGAUAUAUGAAAGCCAGGAUUAAAUUAAACAAACUUAACAUUAUGAAAUGCAACAACAUACCAGGAUUGUUUAUGAAUCCAUAUUGUAUAACUUAACACCUUUUCCAGGAAUUAAAACUUAAAUUAAGAUUUUGGUAAAAUUUUACAACAUUUUAAACUACUGAAGUACUCUUAACAAUGCACUAAAAAACUCCUUAGUUUUCAGUGGCACGUUACUAAAUUUUAUAAAACAAUGUCAAAUGGCUGUCCAGAUUAAGCAAAGUCCUGAUUAAUGAGGGUUUAUUGUAGUCUUAGUAGGUUCUCAUUAGGAUAAGCGAAUUACAGAUUUUGUGGAUGCUGUGUGUAUUUGUAUGACAUUAAAUAGAACAAGACCAGAGUUUAGGACUGUUUUCUUUCAAAAGACGUAAAAAAAAUGUCACAGGACCUGGUCGUUUGUUGAUUCAUAGCUUGUGAAAGUCAGCUACUUUGUUUAAAAAAUUCUUGAUCAUUGUGUUUAUUACCAAGUAAUUUGUAUUAUUAGUAAUUUGUGUUAAAAUAAAAACAGUUUUCAUAGUUUAGGUUAGUAAUAGUUACUAAAAUGCUUGAAAAAAUGCAUUGACUAUUUUUGUUUUGUUUACAAGAUUGUUGUAUUCAAUCUAUACCAUUUAUGUGUCAGUCAAGCACCCUUCAAAGAAUGAUUUGUCUUUUUUGUCCAUUGUAAGCAAACUAUUCGUUUUAGACUAUAGAGUCUAUUGACUAUUGAGUCUAGUGUUAUCAAAUUGUGGUUUAAGUUGAUUAAGUAGCAACACAUUUUGGAAAUAAAUUUAAGAUAUUUUCAUUUUA